AUGGAUCUAAGCAGUGAGGCUAACAUAUGAAUUUCUUGAUGGUUGGACUUGGGGCUACUGAAAACAUUGGCGGGCGUUCUUUUUUGGAACCAGUAACAGCUAUGGCAUUAUAUGUAUGGUUUCACGUCGGAAAACGUCAUGUGGCAAUCAGUUGACCACACAUACUAGGGAAAACCUUGUGCUAUAGGCGCUUAAAAAUUUGUAGCUUCUUUUAUUCAAAUGCUUUUGUUUACCCAUAAUACGGAUACAGAUCAGGAUCACUACUGGCUACUGAGAAUAAGUGGAUCCUAACUAUCUCACUCACGAUGUGGAUUUGUCAUGGCCUAUUGAGAAAUAGUUGCUCCUAGUAGUAGAAUGUUAUUGCUAACUCACAAUAUGGAUAGUUAUCGGUUCUAGUAGUAGAAUGCUGCGGAUGACUACUAGCUACUAACAUGCAGUUCCUAAUGGUAAAAUGCCACAUAGAUUUUUGGUGGUUAGGUAAAUUUCCUUUUUCAUUUUUUUUUCUUUGCUUUUUCUGUUAGCCAUUUUCUUUUCUUCAGUGUUCUGCUUUUCAUGAUUUCUUGCAUGAAUUUCAGCUAGCAAAUAGCUUUGUGAUGGUUUUGUUGAUUAUAUUGGUUGAUUUCAGUUAGUAAAAUUUUCUUAUUUUUCGUUGAGCAUCUCUGAUUAAUAGCUAUGAGUGUUGUAUUGAUAGGGCUAUAGCUUCAAAAAAGUAUUAGUCUAAAGGUUUGAAAGAAAACUGGUGAUUACACAUGCCAUGUUUUUAGAAAAAUUGUUCUAUCUUUAUGCUUUUAAUUUUGACAUCAGUUGCAUUUAGUGUCCUAUGCAAAUAGAUAAUUGAGCUACUAAUCUAAGUGCAAAAUCUGCGGGCCAAGCAGGUAAAGUGAGAAGAGAUUUUCACUGAUAUUAUUGAAGUAUUGUGAUAAAAGGCGGUUUUAUCAGAAUGUCCUUUAGUUCAUUAUUCAAUGUUUUGCACUGGAUGCUUUUGAUUUUGACAUCAAUUGCACUUGAUGUCCUAUGCAAUAGAUAAUUGUGCUACUG